AUGGAGCACCCUGAGGGACAGCCUCCGGACCUGUUGGAAAAUGAUUCCACACCAACAGUUUCAACAUCAGAAGUAACCGGCUCGCAAGAUCCCCAAAUUUCUGUCGACAACGGGGCUGAAACCGUCGGCGUCCAGGGCGCCGAAAAUGCCAGCUACCAAGUCACCCAAACUGCUGCCGACCAUGUCACCCAAGCGGACGCCGACGGCAGCACCCAGGCUGGUGCCACAGCUCCUCCGGAAAACUUACCAGAAGGGAAAGAGAUGAGUAAAAGCCAGGAUGAACCUCUUCACGAACUUGAGAACCAGUUUAUAUUGCGUCUGCCUCCGGAACAUGCAUCUACUGUCAGGAAGAUACUACAUUCUAGAAGUGUUGCCAUGAAGGAUAAACUCAAAAUUGACUUAUCUUCUGAUGGACGUCAUGCAGUUGUUGAGGUAGAAGAUGUCUCGCUAGCUGCAAAGGUGGUUGAUUUGCCAUGCGUUAUUGGAAGCCUGAAAACUCUUGAUAAAAAAACUUUUUAUAAAACAGCAGAUAUUUCUCAGAUGCUUGUGUGCACUGCUGAUGGUGAUCUCCACUCUCCUCUGCAAGAACCAGUUACCUCUACUGAUCUUAAAGUAAUCAGGAAAAAUGAAAGAGAGAGACAGAAAAAAUAUGUCUGGAAGCAUGGCAUUACUCCACCACUUAAGAAUGUCAGAAAGAAAAGGUUCCGCAAAACAACAAAAAAGCUCCCUGAUUUCAAACCAACUGAAGAAAUCAGCUUUCCGGAGUACAUCGAGUCUCCCGAUGUGGAAAAGGAAGUGAAAAGACUCCUGUGUUCAGAUGCUGAAGCUGUCAGUGCUCGAUGGGAAGUAAUUGGUGAAGAUGAAACCAAGGAAAUAGAGAGUCAAGGCUCUAUCCCAGGCUUUGCAAUAUCCUCAGGAAUGAGUGACUAUAAGCAGGAUCGUAUCUCAUCAGACUUUGGUAUGCUUCAGGAGAUGUUCAGUGAUUCUAGCAGUAACAGUGAUGAGGACGAGGAGGACGAGGAGGACGAGGAGGACGAGGAGGAUGACUAUGAUGAUGAGUACGAAGUUGAGGAAGAGGAGGACGAUUAUUAUGAAGAGGAUCUGGAGAGGGCGCUACAGGCCAAGUUCUUUGCAUCUGGCCAGUAUGAGGCAAAGGAAGGAGCCAGUUCAAUAGUCAUGGAUAUUCAGAAGCAGAUUUAUUACAUGGAGAAAAAGCUCCAAGAGAUUCGAUGCAAAGCACAAAGACAGAGGCAUCUCUUAAUGAAAGUGGAAAACCUGAUGCUCAAGAGUCAUUUACAGUCUGUCCUGGAGCAGCUUAAGUUACAGGAAAUAGAAAAAAAUGAGCAGCUCAUUUCCCUACAGGAACAAUUGAAAUAUUUUUUGAAGUGA